AUGUCUGAAGCCAUCCCAAAACGUGAUGUCUUGCCAGGAAACGUCAAACCUGUGCAUUAUGACCUUGAAGUAUCAAACAUCCAAGUCAACAACAACUCCUUUGAAGGGAAAGUCAAAAUUGAACUAGACAUCAAGGAGGAUACUGAUCAAAUUGUCCUUCAUGCUCUUGAUAUCAAAUUUAAACAAACUGAACUCUCUGUCACCAAAACGGAAUCAGUCGUUGAAAUCAAACAAGUGUCCUAUGAUUCUAAAGCUCAAACUGCCACCAUCCAAUUGGGUGAGACUUUGAAAGCUGGUCCAUCUAUCAAGGCCUAUUUAACAAUCACUUUCGAUGCAACAUUGAGAGACAAUAUGGGUGGUUUUUACAAGUCAACUUACAAGGACAUAAAUGGGAAUGAUCAAGUUUUAUUAUCAACUCAAUUUGAAGCCAUUGAAGCUCGUACUGCCUUCCCAUGUUUUGAUGAACCAAACCUUAAAGCAACAUUCUCCUUCUCAAUAACUGUUGCAGAAGAUUACACUGCGUUAAGUAACACACCUGUGUUGUCUUCGAAAGUUCUUGAUGAUGGUAAAAAGAAAGGUGCAGUUGAAGCUAGUGGGUUGAAAUUAGUCAAGUUUCAAAAAACUCCAAUCAUGUCAACUUAUUUAGUUGCUUGGAUUGUGGGAAAGCUUGAUUAUGUUGAAUCAACCACUGAACGCUCUUAUAAUGGUAAGAAAAUCCCUGUUAGAGUUUACACUUCUGAAGGUAAUUCUGCUAAGGGGAAAUUUGGUUUAGAAGUUGCCACAAAAGUUGUUGAUUAUUUUUCUGAAGUUUUUGAUAUUGAUUACUAUUUACCAAAAUUGGAUUUGAUUGCAGUCCCAACUUUUGCAUCCAAUGCCAUGGAAAACACAGCUUUGAUCACAUUCAGGGCCUCUGCUUUGCUUUUCGAUGAAGCUUCAAGUGAUCCAAAAUAUAAGGCAAAAGUGGCAUAUGUUGUGUCUCACGAACUCGCCCAUCAAUGGUUUGGUAAUUUGGUCACUAUGGAUUGGUGGGAUGAAUUAUGGUUGAAUGAAGGUUUCGCAACUUGGGUUGGGUUCUUGGCUGUUGAUAAAUUAUACCCUGAAUGGAACACAUUUGCUACAUUUUCGUCAUCAACUUUACAAACAGCAUUAGAAUUGGAUGCUCUAAGAGGAUCACAUCCAAUUGAGGUCCCAAUUCAAUCAGCUUCUGAUAUUGAUCAAGUCUUUGACCACAUUUCAUACAAUAAAGGUGGUAGUGUAAUUCAUCAAUUGGCAUCUACUCUUGGGAUUGACGUUUUCUUGAAAGGUGUUUCUCAUUACCUGAAGAAACAUCAAUAUGGUAAUGCCACAACAAAUGAUUUAUGGUCUUCAGUUGGUGAAGUUUCAGGUGUUGAUGUUAAUUCUCUUGCUGAUAACUGGGUCCGUAAGAUUGGAUUCCCAUAUGUUGAAGUCAAAGUUGAAAAUGGAAAUGUUAACUUUAAACAAAACAGAUUUUUAUCAACCGGUGAUGUCACAGAAGAGGAAAAUGGAACAAAAUGGUGGAUUCCUUUGAACAUAUCCACUGGUAAGGAGGAUUCUGAUAGAAUCAAAGAUUUAUCAUUUUCUGAAAAAGAAGCAACUAUUGAAAAUUUAGCUAAAGAAAACUCAUUUUUCAAAGUCAACAAGAACUCAGUAGGUGUUUACAGAGUUAAAUACGAUGAUGAAACUUUUAAAACCAUUGUGGAAAACAUUGAUAAACUUUCAUCAACUGAUAAAGUCGGCUUGAUUGCAGACUCCACAGUUCUUUCAGUUGCAGGUUUAUCUAAAACUUCUAAAGCAUUGGACUUGAUAAGUGCAUUCAAAGGUGAAUCUGAAUACGUUACAUGGUUGGAGUUGAUCAAAAGACUAGGUUCAAUAACUUCAGUUUGGUUUGAGCAAUCUGAAGAAGUUCAAGCUGGUUUGAAAAAAUUGGCUCAAGAAUUAGUGAGUCCAACUGCUUUAAGUCUUGGUUUUGAAUCUUCAAGUUCACAAGAUUUCUUAACUACACAAUUGAGAGUUGAAUUGCUUAGUGCUGCAGUUUCAGCUGGUGUUCCACAAAUUAUUGAAGAAGCUAAAUCAUUAUUCACAAAAUUACAGAAGAAUGAAGAAAUUGAUCCUUCUUUAAGAAGUGUUAUAUUUGCUGCUGUUAUUUCUGAUCCUAAUGCCACCGAAGAAGAUUUCAAAUUUGUUUAUGACACUAUCAAAAAUUCAAAAGCUUUAGAUUCCAAUGAAAUCGCUUUGACUGCUUUGGGUACAGCAACUAAUCCAGAUUUGAUCCAAAAAGCUCUUAACUUGAUUUUAGACCCAGAGAUUCCAAUCAUGGAUGUUUCAUUUAUCAGUAUCUCUCUAUCAUCAAAUAAAAAGGCUAGAUGGGCUUUCUGGAACUACUUAAAAGAAAACUAUGAUGCCAUUUAUAAUCGUUUGAAUGCUAAUAGAAUUGUCUUUGAUAGAUUCAUUAAAUUCACAUUGGGUAAAUUCUCAAGUGAUGAAGCUUAUGAAGAAAUUAAAUCAUUUUUUGCAAGCAAAAAUACUUAUGGGUUUGAAAGAUCUAUUGACCAAGUCUUGGAUGGUAUUAAAACUAACUCUAGUUGGGUUUCCAGAGAUAAAGAUGAUGUGAAAGAAUGGUUAGCCUCACGCGGCUACAUUUGA